AUGGUUGAAGAUCCACUGAAGAUGAAACGCGCUCUGGACGCCCAGUUGAGUUCGCAACGACGGAUAUCGUUGAAAAAAUCCAUGAGAUAUCAGAAAAGUUUAUUGACAGAAGUUGUUCAAUAUGAAGAGGGCUAUUACUUAGCAGUAACUAGCUUUUCUGAUUCAAGAGCGGCACGGAACAGAGCGGAGAAAAAUCGCCGCGACAAUCACAAUGCAAACAUCAUGGCCAUGGGCCAGCUCGUACCUGCUGUCGCCGAGAGUCCGAAAAAGGUCGACAAGAUUUCCAUCUUGAGGCUGACUGCUGCUUUCCUCAGGUCGCAUUACAUUUUCGGACGCGGAAAAAUCGGCUUUCUACCACCGAAUCUCGGCAUAGCGGACCUGGAGAAUUACAUUUUCGGCAACAUAAUCAAAAACGGCUUCUGUAUCGUGGUCACGACAACAGGGAAAAUUGUCCACGUCAGCCCGCACGUCCAGGAACACCUCGGCCACACUCAGACAGAGAUGCUGGGCCAUUCUCUGUACGAUUUCAUCCAUCCCAAGGACCGUAAUGAGCUCACUGAAAAGCUCACGCCAGAUGAUAUGCCAGGAGCGGUGUCGUCAUCCCUGUUGCUACCGCAGAUCACGGACGCGACGAACGACAGUUCCACAUCGUCCCAGGACACCUCUUCGUCCUCUGCUAGAAGCGAAAGGAAACCGUUCCGGGAGCAGAGACGGUAUUUCGAUCUGCGAAUGCUUCACCGUACCGCGUCCAGAAGGGAACACAUCCAAUACAAAUGGGUCGAGAUAUCCGGGACGCUAACCCUCGCGGAGACUGUCAAAAAUUCUAAAUCGCACUCCAGCCGGUCGCAGCAUCGAGAACUCGGUUCGACCAGCAACGACAUUAUCUUCGUGGGUAUAGCACGGCUGCUAAUGAAACAACCAAUCACGGGUAUACCGAUGAUAGACGUAAAUAAAGACGAAUACUACACUCGACACUUGGUGGACGGCAGAAUCCUUUACUGUGACCACAGGGUGUCCAUGGUUACUGGUUACUUAGCGGAGGAGGUCUCAGGUUUGAGCGCCUUCAAGUUCAUGCACAAAGACGAUCUCUGGUGGGCGAUGAUCGCCCUUCAUCAAAUGUACGUCCACGCGCAGUGCGGCUACUCUUGUUACAGGCUACUCUCGAAAACAGGAGAAUUUAUUUAUUUACGCAGUCACGGGUACUUAGAGAUAGACAAGGACACACAAACCGUCGUAUCCUUUUUCUGCAUAAACACACUAGUGUCGGAGGAAGAGGGUAUGCAACUAGUGCAAGAAAUGAAGGAAAAAUACUCUGCGAUGGAAUCCGAACUUACAUUGGCGAUGCUGCAAAAUAAAGAGGGUACAAAUUCUCUGGAAUCGAGUUCGGGAAGCCCAGUGGGGGACCUUGAAGACGCGAUCCAACACUUGGUCGACGCCUUACCAUCGUCCGUUUCAGAAAUUUGUCUUACGUCACCAGUACUAGACAAACAAUACAUGCAGGCUGCUGAAGCCUUGCAACAUUUACCUCCGGCAGCUACCCAAGUCAAACAAAUUGGCGUGGAGAAACUACACUAUUAUUUGGAUAUGACGGACAAAAAUGAUAGACCACCGAAAGAGGAACCGAAAACGAGUAACAAUAAACAGCAGGCUCAUCUAAACGAAGAACAGGAUAGUCCUGGGUCUUCGGGAAACAUGUUGCCGAUCAAAAUCGAGGAAGCAGAAACGAUACUUGAAGAUGUCAACAGCAUUAUUGGAACGUCUAAUUUGGACAUUCCCGAAAGUAUAGAUCUCUUGAAUCCUGAAACUGUAGUCGAUGAACCGAUUCUGAAUAGUAUUUUGGACGAUACUGUCAUCACCGAUUUCAAAUCAAGUCAGUACCCGAUAAAAAGGAAACACAACGAGGAACAUGGAAUGAUAUCCUGCAAUAAAAAGCACUUUCUCGACCAAGAUCUUAUAGUAAAGAUGAUCUUCAAAGGUGAAAUUCAGUUUGAUGGUUCCUUAAAUGAGCAUCAACUAGCAGAUAAUGCAAUCCAUGAGAAAAUAAUGAUGGAGCACCUUCAGCUGAAUGACAGUAUAGCACUGCAAGGAUCACAAUUAAAUGUCCUAACGCAAACACUGAAGAACCCAGCUUUACAAUCGAAAAAGGGUAGCUUAACACAGUUACAGGCCGAACAUAAAAUGCAAAAAAAAAUACUUGAAACGCUACAGCAAGAUCACUACAAGAUGCAGAUUAACAUUAAGCACAAUAUUGGUGUGUAGAAAAAUAUUUAAAAAUAUGUAAAGUAUGAGACUUACAAACAAGCGUCAAGAUCCAUGUCAAGCAUAUUACAAGAACCGCUUCGUGUGAAGUACGAGUCAGCAAAUCAGUGAACCAGAAGUAAAACUGAAACUGAAUAUUCCAGUGAAGUGUAAUGUAACUCAUUCCUCUUUAAAAUACCAGUGAUAACGUGGUAAAUGAAGAAAUGACUGUUAGUUACACAUUGACAAUCGGCAACAGUAUAACAGUGUCGACUUGCAUCAGUUUGCUACUCGUUAAGGAAGAGAUAACAGUGUUUAUCUAAGACGAAUAGAGUAAAAUCGUUUCGUCGAUCAAUGAAAUUUCAAUUUCUUCGUGCUGAAGGAAGGGGAACAGUGCCGUUAAUAAAGAGUAUAUGGAAUAAUCAGCACGUAAAGUCUAUGCUGUAGAUACGUUGACUCUUUAUAAACCGAAUUAUAGACGCUCUAUCUAACCCGAUGUUUAGCGAAGGAACGAACGAUCAUAUACAGGGUGUCACAGAUGUUCGUUUCAAUCUUUUAAGGGAUGAUAGCUG